AUGGCCUUCCUAUUUUUGGCAAAAUUCCACCACCGAGGCCGCUACAGCGACGCUGAAAACCUGUUUUCACACACAACUUUGAUGCGUCCCGUUCACCCCGACCUCGUCCAAAAGAGCGGCGACAGCAAGGAAGCCGGCCUUGUUCCUUCCGGAGGCCCUCUUCCCAUGGAAGCCAGCCCCCCAGGCACCAAAACCUCGACCACACCAGACCAAAAUCACAGAGACGAGGCAAACCGAAAUACUGAAUCUGACGGUAAUCCUGACGUUCGGACCAUCAACCCCGACGACUUUCCCGGCACAGAGAGCCCCGUGCCACAAGGAAUCCUAAAUGACGAUGAUCUUGACAAGAACGCAACCGUUGACAUCGGCCUUGCUGUCAGGCGUGCGCGUUACCAGUUGGGAGACUACCCAGCCCUCUUCAAGGACGUUGUUGAAGUGAUCGCGAAAAUCACAUCCGGCGGUGCAACCGUGACUUGGGCUAGCAACAAAGUCAUCAAACGCUUCCAACGCAUUAUCAGAGAGAGAUACGAUUCCGGGGAGCGCCAGAAGUCUUGCCCGCUCACCAGGGCCGAGUUGCUGGCCUCGCAGUACUGUCAUCCAUAUGGAGAGGGUCUACCAGCUGUCCAGAAGAAGCUGACCGCCAUGGGGUUUUCAUGUUUCGAUUUUGGGGAUCUGACCUUCAAAAUCUACAAGGAGCUGCUAAGCAGAUGGAACAAGUACCGCAUCAUGAUUGACAAGCUCCGCGGAGAGUGUUCAGAGUUGGAAAGCACCCUCUUGACCAAGCUCGACACUUGUAUGGGCGAGGCUGCCAAGCUCGAGACCGGACAGCUUGAGAACCUGUCUGGCGAGUCCCGAAAUGCCAGAGAGGAGCUGAGAAGUCACAGUGAGGAGUUGAGAAAUUCUACGGAGCAACUGACAAACAAUGUUGGCGACUUGGGCCAGACAAGGGGGGAAAUCGUCAACUGCAUUGAGAGUGCCCUUGACGAUCUUGAGAAAUUCUUCCACAAGAUUGGGGGCAUGGUUUGGAGAAAUGUUCGAGAUGAAACGGACAGCUCCGUCGCUCUUUUUCUGAAAGAGUUUGACGCACACUUCGAAGCCCUAAACAAGCUCAAAGACCGGCUCCAGGAGAACUACAAGCUGCUGGAGAAAUGGCGCUCUGUGGCCAGGCAAAAUCUGAAGGCCCUGAAAAUUUUACAGGAAACUCAAGCUUCUAUGGUGGCAGUAUUGGCCAACAAAUCGGGGGAGGAGGACAGACGUAAGGAGGACAAAAAAUAG